GCAACAAGGAUGGUUAAUUUUGACUGUGCUAAAUUGUACCAUAAAAUAUCGGCCCUAGUUGGCAGCUAUUUGGACUUUUAUUUCUCCCGACCUCCCGUUUUUGAACUGUAGUCACUAAAUGAAGGGGUUCUGGUCUGAGGAGGCCCAUGCAUUCCUCCAAUUGGAUGGGGAGCGAGAUCAGUGCCACUGGCGAUCUCGAGACUAGGAGGGAAUGUUGACCAAGGAGCACCGCUGCGGCCGAUCGGUGGAGCAGGAACCCGAGCCCAAGCUGAGUCCGAAAAAAGCCGGAUCCGGACGGUGGCUCCGAAACGGCUGUAAGUGGAAGAUGGAGGAGUCGGAGGAACCGGCGGACGGUGGGCAGUCGCUGCCCCCAGUUUACAUUUACAGUCCCGAGUAUGUUAGCAUGUGCGACUCCCUGGCCAAAGUCCCCAAACGGGCCAGUAUGGUACAUUCCUUGAUUGAAGCAUAUGCACUGCAUAAGCAAAUGAGGAUAGUUAAGCCCAAAGUGGCCUCCAUGGAGGAGAUGGCCACCUUCCAUACUGAUGCCUAUCUGCAGCAUCUCCAGAAGGUCAGCCAAGAUGGAGAUGAUGAUCAUCCAGACUCCAUAGAAUAUGGACUAGGUUAUGACUGCCCAGCCACUGAAGGAAUAUUCGACUAUGCAGCAGCUGUAGGAGGGGCUACAAUCACAGCUGCCCAGUGCCUAAUUGAUGGAAUGUGCAAAGUAGCAAUCAACUGGUCUGGAGGGUGGCAUCAUGCAAAGAAAGAUGAAGCAUCUGGAUUUUGUUAUCUCAAUGAUGCUGUCCUGGGAAUAUUACGAUUGCGACGGAAAUUUGACCGUAUUCUCUAUGUGGAUUUGGAUCUGCACCAUGGAGAUGGUGUAGAAGAUGCCUUCAGUUUCACCUCCAAAGUCAUGACAGUGUCCCUGCACAAAUUCUCCCCAGGAUUUUUCCCAGGAACAGGUGACGUGUCUGAUGUUGGCCUAGGGAAGGGACGGUACUACAGUGUAAAUGUGCCCAUUCAGGAUGGCAUACAGGAUGAGAAGUAUUACCACAUCUGUGAAAGUGUACUAAAGGAAGUGUACAUAGCCUUUAAUCCCAAAGCAGUGGUCUUACAGCUGGGAGCUGAUACAAUAGCUGGGGAUCCCAUGUGCUCCUUUAACAUGACUCCAGUGGGAAUUGGCAAAUGUCUUAAGUACAUCCUUCAGUGGGAGUUGGCAACACUCAUCUUGGGAGGAGGAGGCUAUAACCUUGCCAACACGGCUCGAUGCUGGACAUACUUGACCGGGGUCAUCCUAGGGAAAACACUAUCCUCUGAGAUCCCAGAUCAUGAGGAUCAAGGGACCUAGGAAAAACUGAAUUUGUAAAUCAGAAGGUUACUUGAUGAGCAUGGAAUCAGAGUGAAGGAAGUGGCUGUUUCAUAACUGAGUCUACAUCCUUAGGGACCAUAAUAUGUAUGUCUGUCAUAUACAUGGUCUGCCCAGCUCCCUCUGCUCUCCAGCCACUGCACAAAUGUACACAUUUCCCCUUCACCCCAAUCCCAUCCUGCCCCUCUGCAUAGUAAGGAGUCGGAGGUGCUAGACAAACAAUAACAUAUCUUCACUAAUUCCUCCUUUUCAAAUAACUUCUACACUGCCUUUCUAUAGCACAUUAUUCUUCAGACUGUUUACAGUAAAGCUGAUUGAUUGCAACUUUCUUUGCGUACAUUCCAGUCCUACAGAUAUGCCCUGAUCACUUUGAUUACUCUUGGAUAUUACCCGAGUCUCCAUCAGCAACACAUCUACAACCAUGUCUUUAUGUUAUUUCACUCUCAGAGUCAUUCUGAGCCUAUCUCCAAAUUCUCAGAUCACCUUACUGCAGCCUAGACUCUGACUACAUUUAUUUCUUUAGUUUGAUUUAUUCUGCUAAGGUCCCAUCAUAGACAGAUUUUUUUCCAAGGUGUUGACAGUAUUACUGCUUCUUUUGGUGUCUUUGCCACUGCUCACAAAUGUAUUUUUGCCAGCAGUAUGAGCUAAAGAAGGUAUAAUAGAUGAAAUGAUGAAAUUAGAUAAUGUAUAUAUGAAAGUGCUUUGAAAGUUAAAAGCACUGAACAAAUGUAAGAGAUGACUAUUGCUGUAAUUUGAUAGGUAAAAACCACUGGCUACUGCAGGCCAGACCUCAUAAGAGAGGAGCACUUGAGGAUACUCCAGCCAGUCUGCUCUGAAGUUUUGCCACCUCACAUUCUCUCCCAUUUUCAACCCUACCACAUAAUGAUGAAUCUCUGGGGAGUGAAUCAUGCUGCCAGAGCCACAGAGACUGAUUUAUAAAGCAGACCUCAAGGUGAUCAUUUAUAAUGAGCAAUAUUAGGCAAGGCAAGACUUUUGCCACCAGCAUAAAUGUGACUUUUACCCACCACUCCUAGCUAGUGGGUCAUCUUAGUCAAGAGACCAGUCAUAGACCAGAAAGCUGCUCAGUGAACACCUAAUUAGACUGAAAGGAACUGGAUGGUCUCCAGACUUUUGUUCUUCUUUUAAUGAAGCCUAGGUACCUGUGAAAUUGGCCUUCUCCAUACUAGGAAUAGUUAUGCCUACAGAAGCAAAGAUGCUAUUGUCCAAAAAUAGACACUCCUUUCCAUGGUCAUUCCUGGAGAUGCACUCGCAGAUUUUCUUUUGUCUACCCAUCUCAUUUUGCCAGUCAUCUAAAGCACCUUGAGAUGGUCAUGUUACAAUUUCUGACAGUUUUGUUGUUGUUGUUUAGUCACUAAUGUUAAUAAAAUUUUAGGGUGGUCAUUCCUUGACACCGUAAUAUAGAUAUACAAUGGAUUACCAUGGCAGGAAGGCUCCAUUGUUCCCCACUUCAAAAUGUUCUCAUCCAACAGUGCCACAAAGAAACUUAUGCUUCACUUCUUAAACUUUUUCAUCUUUUUCCCCAUCUGCCAAAUAGCCAAAGUGAAAAGUGAAAGUCAAAGUCGCUCAGUCAUAUCCAACUCUUUGCGACCCCAUGGACUAUACAGUCCAUGGGAUUCUCCAGGCCAGAACACUGGAGUGGGUAGCCUUUCCCUUCUCCAGGGGAUCUUCCAACCCAAGGAUCGAACCCAGGUCUCCCGCAUUGCAGGCAGAUUCUUUACCAGCUGAGCCACAAGGGAAGCACCAAAUACCCAAAGUGUACUCUUAGUGCCUUUAGAGUAUUACCAAAAGCCACACUGUUGCUUUAGUCCAAAAGUGUGGGUGCUACCUGAAGGCAAAAAGGAAUACCUUAUGGUCUGUACCCAGCACCUAUUGUGCCGAUUAGAGGGCCUGACACUUAGUAGACCCUCAAUAAUAGUAAAAAGAAAUGAGCAAAUUGUCCAAGGUCUCCCAAAUAGUAAGUGGCAGGGCCAAAACUCCCUCACCUAGUUGUUUCCCCACUAACACAGUACCUCAAAAGUCAUCUUGAAAAAUAUUUUGCUCUCCAUUCAACUUUCAGAAGUAUUUUGUGGGGAAGAACAGAGGGGAAUGUCUGUGCUCGUAUUUCAUUGUAGACUGGAACUUGUUGACUCAGCAUCAGAGUAACUUUCUUUGAAUCCUUCCCUGAGCCCCAGCAACCUUUUAUUAAAUUUUGCCUUUUAUCAUCGCUUGCACUUACUUCUCUCCUAUUUCUGGUCUCUCAACAUACACUUUUGAAGUGUCUGCUCAUUCAUCUUUAUGCACCUCACAAAGAGUGUCCAGCAUAGAGCCUGGUGCACAUAGUAAAUGCUCAACAAAUUUCUGAUAAUUUAAACUGUGUUCAUUAGCCCUAGCUUCUGUGAUCUUCCAUGAUUUGGUACCUGAGCCCUCUGUCUCCUAUCUCUAAUUCCUUGUAAUAGUUUAUAUUUUGAGUUGGGUAAAACUAGAUAUACUAUUCUCAAGAUUAAAUGGAACUCUUUUCAAAAUCUUUUCCUCCACUUUUCUUCAUGACCUCAUUUUUGGUGAAUUCUGCUUCCGUUGCCUCUUUCAUUCAUUCAUUUGCUUUUUCACUCUCACAAAUGUACAGUGAAGUAGACAGAGGGACUCCACCUUUUAGAACUUGUAAUCUCCUGAGAGAUCAGCAGUAAAGAAAUAAUAAAAUAAUUACAGAUUGUGAGAAGUGCUAAGAAAAUAAAUAGGCGAUAGCAAGAUCAGGACUGACCUCUCUGAGCAGAUCAAAUCUAGGUCUGAAGUACCAAAAACAUGAAGAACCCAGCCAGACAAAACUACAUUCCAGGAAAUAGCAUGAGAAAAUGUAGAAAAAAGCUGGUUGUGCUCAAGGAAAAGCAGAAAGUUUGUGGGACUAGGGUGUAUUGAGUGAGGAGAGAGGAGGGUGGGAUGAGGUCAGAGAAAUAGGCAGGAGCCACAUUAUGUAGGCAACUUUUAGGCCAGGGUAAGGAGUAUGAUCUAACUCCAGUUGCAGUGGGAGUCAAAGGAUUUUUAAGCAGAGGAGUAACAUGAGCAAGUUGACAUGUUUAAAUUAUGAUGUUACUGUUAUGUGGAGACCAGAUAGUCUAGGGAUAAUAAAGGGUGCAGAAGCCACUGUCAGGCUAAUACAGUGGUCCAGCUGAGGGCUGCUGGGAUCUGGACAAGGAUGGUGGCAGUGAAGAUGGAGUGGUUCAAGAGAUAUUUUGAAGUCAAAUUGAAAGAUUCUGGAUUUGACAAUAAUUUGAAUGUGAAAUCUCUCUCUUUUUUUUUUCCCCUGUUUAAGAAGGUAAGGCACAUGAAGGCCAAGAUGAUAUGGAAUAACUUUUCUGCUAUAACUGAACCCUGAUUUCCUAUCUGCUGGUCUCAGGUUCUUUCUCUGUACUACUCUGCUUUUCAUAAUCUUUAGCAACUCUGCUUUUCAUAAUCUUUAGCAAUUCUCUUUACCUUUGUGUCUUCUCCAAAAUGCAAUUGUUCACCAAAUCCAGCCUCCUGCUUUUCUGUGCCCCUUAAAUCUCCUGCCUAUACUUGCCAUGCCCAUUCUGCUCUUGAUUAUUGUGACUGCCUUCUGGCUGGCCUCAUGACCUCCUUCCAGCAUUGCAGUGCAGGUCAUUUUUCACGGCUUUGCUUCAACUGUCUCUAAUAACUCUCCAGCAACUCUGUACUCAUUCAAAUGAAAAUCCAGGCUUUGGGCAGUGGAUUCACAGCACUUCCCCAGCUAGGUCCACCCAACCCUUCCUGUUUGCUCCCCUCUCCCACCAUAACCCAGCACAUAUUUUCAAUUUUAGCCUUUUUGUGGCUAUCCUUCCCACCUCUGAGCUAUUUGGCCAGCUGCUUUGUGUAUGAAUUCUGUCCCUUCUUCUGUUCUUUUUUCUUUUUGGCUGUGCCAAGCAGCAUGUGGUAUCUUAGUUCCCUGACCAGGGUUUGAACCUUGUGCUCCCUGCAUUGGGAGCUUGGAGUCUUACCACUGGACUGCCAGGGGAGUCCUUUUUGUUCUUUCUUCUUAACUAGCAAGUUAUAGAUUUUUCCUGAAUCAUUUCAGUAGUACAUUGUUUAUUUCACCAAAUAAUAAUUGAGUACCUCCUUUGGGCUGGAUGCUACUAGCUACUAGGAGUGAAAAAAUCAGUAGAGGUACCACCUGCCCUCAAGGAGCUUAUAGUCUGUUGGGGAAGGCAGAUCUGUAAUCAGAUAAUCACAGUGUGCUAUAUUAAGUGGCCCCAGGGCUAUAGAUACGGAAUGCUGGAGGUACACACAAAAAGUAACAACAAACGCUACUGAGGGAAAUAAGAAAGGCUUCACUGGGGAAGCAGCUUUGAAUUGAGUAGAAGUGAAAGUGAAGUUGCUCAGUUGUGUCCGACUCUUUGUGACCCCAUGGAAUGUAGCCUACCAGUCUUCUCCAUACAUGGGAUUUUCCAGGCAAGAGUACUGGAGUGGGUUGCCAUUUCCUUCUCCAGGGGAUCUUCCCGACCCAGGGAUUGAACCCAGGUCUCCCUCAUUGUAGGCAGUCACUUUUACCAUCUGAGCCACCAGGGAAGUCAUUGAGUAGAAGGAUAUAUAAGUAUUUUUCCAGGUGAAGAAAGAGGGUAAGAGCAUUUCUGGAAGAAAGAAUCUGUUGUUAUUUAGUUAAUCAUAAUAGCUAGUAGGUAUUGCUUUUUCAGGUAUAUGUAUACUUGUGAUGGGCUUCCCAGGUAGCACUGGUGGUAAAGAACCCACCUGCUAAUGCAGGAGAUGUAAGAGAUGCAGGUUUGAUCCCUGGGUCGGGAAGAUCCCCUGGAGAAGGGCAUGGCAACCCAUUCCAGUAUUCUUACCUAGAGAAUCCCAUGGACAAAGGAGCCUGGCAGACUAUAGUCCAUAGGGUUGCAAAGAGGCAGACAUGACUGAGCACACACACACACACACACACACACAUGCUUGUGAUAGGGCUGAAUAUGCUGGGAUCACAGUGAGAGGUUCAGUAUGGAACAUGUAGAAAUGCAUAUUGGAGAAUGAGGACAGAAGUAGAGAUUGGGACAAGAUUCUACAAGGAGUAGGAGCCAGGAGAGAUCUUUAAAAGAGGGAGUAGCAUGAUCAAUUUUGGAGCUGUGGCAGCUACAGGAAAGUUGGUACACAGGUUUUAGAACCAUGGAGGAGAUUACAGAUGUCCCAUGACAGAUGAAGGCUUCAACAAAGGUGAAGGCAGAGGAAACAGAGAACAGGACAUAUUUGAAGUAAGACUGACGGCAUUGGGAGUCUACUUGGACAUAGAGAAAUGGGAGUAAGCAAAAUCAGGAGAUCACUCAAAAAUUUCUAACAGGAUACUAGUAGGUGGGAUAGAGGACAGAAGAAGAGGAAAGGGGUUAGGACAGAAGAUCAGGAGUUUAUUUAGAAAAUUUGAGUUUGAGUCACCAAUAUAUAAGUAGAAAUGUCCAAGAAGCAAAUGGAUAUAAAAGUGUGGUGCUCAAAGGGGUUCAUCUGUACCAUUUUUCUAGAUUCCACAUAUAUGCAGUUAUAUACAGUAUUUUUCUCUUUCUGACUUUUUCUCUCUGUAUGACAGACUAUAGCCUUGCAGCGCUGUCAGCCAUCAGUCACAGACAUUCAUCUUCAGGGACGCAGAUCCACUUAGGGCUUCUGCCACAGUCUAUGAAAAAUAAAGCUUCUGCUCUCCAUCUGCUGAUACACCAAAGGGGAACUUUCUCAUCAGCUAGGUAUUAUAAUCCAACUGAAUGCCCACAAAGCAAAAGUACUUUUAUAUUACUUUUUUCUUCCACUCUUUGGGAAAAUAGUCUAGAUUGUGAAAAUCUAGGACCCAGAAUGACCUAACAUUCCAUCCCAAAUCACAGGGUGCUGACAGUCUAAACUCCAAUUUAGAGAUAUACCAAUAGCAUGCUUUGGGACAUUUUUAUUAACGUUUUUAAAAUAUCAUAAACUGGGUAUCAAAUUUAAGCUGUGUAAACACUGGAUGCUUUUCAUAGUAUCAGUAUUAUUUAUCAUUCCUUGUGGUCAUAAAUAACAAUUUGCAUUUCCGUAUUUCUUUUUUUUUUUCUUUUUCAUUUAUUUUUAUUAGUUAGAGGUCCGUAUUUCUUUACAUCAAAAAAAAAAAAAGUAUGGUGCUCAGAAGAAAAUCAUCUCCCUACUCAAGCAUAUAAAAAUUCAUCCAUUCUCUAGGAGCUAUAUCUCUUCCUAUGUAUCCUCAGUACUAUGCUAAUUGCAUACUUGUCUACCCUAAGAAUCAGGGGUCCUCCUCAGUAUCAAGCUUAUGUGCUUGCAGUAGCCUACAAAGCCCAACAUGAUCUGGCCUCUGUUUCUUCUCUGAUUUCAUUUCCUAUUGCUCUGUACUCCACCACACUGGUCUAUUUGCUGUUCUUAGAAAGUACCAGGCACAAGGCACGCUCCCACUUCACUAUUUUGCACUGGAUGCUUCUUCUGCUUAGAAGUCUUUGCUCAGUUGCCACUUUUUCAAUGAGACUUACUCUGACCAUCAUAUAUGAUGCUAUAGCUGCCCAUCCCCCCUCCCUUGCUACUCAUACUUUUUUUCACCCAUAGCACUAAUCAUCUGCAUAUGCAUAUAAUCACAUACUGUUUUAUUUACUUAUUUAUCACUUUACUAUUUAUCACUCUUUCCCUCCUCUAGAGUGUAAGCUUCUUAAAGGCAGAAAUUCUUUUUCUUUUAUUCCCUAAUAUAUGCUAAGCACCUAAAACAGUGCUCAGAGCAUGAUAAACACUCAGUAUGUAUUUGUAUUUUUGAGUAAAUGAGUGAGAGUAUUGGUUCCUGCAUUAGUCUCCCUGCUGAAAUUGGUUUGCAUGGGCCUUGUACCCUCAGAGGCAAAUAGAAAUAUAGGAAGGGGAAAUGAGUAGAUAUAAGAAUGAUAGCAAUGCCAUUGGGCCGCCACACAUUUCUGGUAUAUUAAAACAAAACCUUUCUUAACUGGCCCCUUUCAUAGUUUGUAUGACUCAUUGCUACUGUAGCAAAUUACCACAAAUUUAGUGGCUUAAAGAAACAUAAAUUUAUUCUCAUACAGUUCUGGAGGUCAAAAAUCUAAAAUAUGGGUCACAGAACUACAUUCUUUCUGGAAGUUCUAGGGAAGAAUCUGUUUUGUUGCCUUUUCCAGCUUUAGAGGUCUCCUGCAUGCCUUGGCUCAUGGUUCCUUCCUCCAUCUUCAAAGUAUACCACUCCAACCUCUGCUUCUGUUACCACAUAACCUCUUUAACUGUGUAUUUCCUGUUUUUCUAGUUCCCUUCUGAAAAUCCUUGUAAUUACAUUGACCCAUAUAAUCCAGGAUAAUCUCCCCAUCUCAAGAUCCUUAAUCAUGUCUGCAAAGUUCCCUUCUGCCAUAUAAGGUAGUAUAUUCACAGAUUCUAGAUAUUAGGACUUGGACAUCUUCAGGAAGCAUACAGACUAAGACACAGAUUGACAAAAGUUUGUUCAAAGGUGUAACCUAGUUCUGAAGCCACACAUACCCUGGAGACACGUAUAGCUUCAAAUGUUCUAUAGCAGCACUAUACAAUAAAACUUUCAUUGUGAUGGAAAUGUUCUAUAUAUGCACUAACCAAUACGGUACCAAAUAACCCAAUAGCAUGUGGUUAUUGAUUGCCUGAAAUAUGGCUAGUGAGACCAAAGACCUGAAUUUUUUCAUUUUAUUUUAACUAAUUUAAAUUUAAUAGCCACUUGCAGCUGGCUAGUGGUUACAGUAUUGGACAGCAAAGGCCUGCAGCUGGGGGUGGGGGGAGCGGGGAAAGGCAGACAGUUAAGAAAAAUUUUUUGGUCUGAGUCUUAAUGUUAAGUAGAUUUUUUUUUUAAAUACCUCCCUGAAAUUUUAUGACACCCGGUUUAAAGAUUGAAUAUAUAUUAUGUGAAUGGCCCCAAAAGCCAUAAGCCAUGAUUUUUACUUUAAAGUGGACCUAGGUUUGUGAUGCCUCAAGCAACAGGGAAAAUCAAGUUGAACUCUUUCAUGGGAAAUGCACUGUCACUCCUCGGCCACAUGGAAAUCCCACAGAGAGUUCUGACCAACACUUCUUCACAACUGUAAAUUACAGUUUACAUAAGAAAGCCAACUUUCAGGAGGAAGAAGUCAACAGGGGAAAAAAAGAUACAUGAGACAAGUGCUCCGGGCUGGUGCACUGGGAAGACCCAGAGGG